CCAAAUUCAGGCAUUCGCGAUCGAGAAUUUGAAACGGCAACAAGUCGCGCUCUCCCAGACCACGAAAAUCAAAGGAAAUACCAAAUAAGAAUUUCUGUCAAUAUCAAGAAACAGCAACAACAACAACAGCAAAUAGAAAAUAAUAUCCCAUAAAAAUAGCUACAUUAUAUACCACAUAACUAUACCUAUAUACCAGCAGUGAACAGUGUAUGAGUGUGUGUGAGACUUUGUGCCCCAGGAGACCAACACUGUGUUGACUUUUAUUUUUAACAAAAAAAUAAAAAAUUCGAAAAAAAAACUUGUGUGUGUGUGCUCGACUUUAAGCCUUGCUUUGCUUUGUCUGUGUGUGUGUGUGGAGCAACGCGCCUAGAAGUAGAGACGGCCGUUACCAAAGUUUGUUAGCUUAACGACACGGCUUGUCAGUUCAAAUCGAGACGCCGUUAGUAAAACACUGUGAAUAUUCUCAAAGAUUCUUCCACGGAUUCCGGUGAAAUUCCCAAGACCAUAAUUCAAAAAAAAAAAAAUUUUUUUUUUUUGAAAAAAAGCACAUCACACAUCUCAAAAUGAAUAAAAUCUUAAUUUGUUUGUUAAGUUUAGCGGUGCUAUCUGCAGGUCAACGUAUUACCACCAUACACUUGGAUGGUGUACAGUACUUCAUUAGCCGCAUGAAUCCCUAUUCACCCGAACUCAACUAUUUCUUGGCCUAUCAAUAUUGCCGCUCAUUGGGUCUGCAAUUAGCCUCGUUCGAGACGAAGGAGAAGGCCGAAUCAAUGACAACAUAUUUGAAAAAUGCCGGCUAUGGCAACUAUGAUUUCUGGACUUCGGGCAAUCGUUUGGGCACGGGCAUGUUCCUUUGGAUGAGCACCGGUUUACCGUUUAAUGCCACAUUUGAUUUCUUCGAAAAUACCAUUGACUCGAUACAGGCUGGUCUUUUGGAUCCUGUGGAUCAUAAUAGCAACACAUCACCACAGAGAACCGCCAGAGACAGCAGCAGCGGCGCCGAAAAAGGCUGUGUCAUCUUGAAACAGCCCACCUUGAAAUGGAUGCCCGAAGAUUGUUCAGCUGUCAAGGAUUUCAUUUGUGAACAGACACGUUGCUAUUAUUACAAUUAUGGCAGUAUUCCCGUAUCAUCGGCGCAGGGGUAAGAAGAGCCCUACUACUUGCUAACUCGAACCAAGUAUAGGAGUUACUCUCUGUCUAUAAAUUAAAAAAAAAAAAUACAACAACAACAAACAAAAAAAUUCAAUCAAAAACAAAACGAAAAAACUUACAAAAAUCUUCCUUUCGCAAACAACAAAAACUCUAGACUGUAAAAUGUUAAUUUAAGCCUUAACCUUAUAAAAAUAAUAAUAAAGAAUCAAAACAAACAAAUCUGCUCCUCUAUGGAUUAAAAAAAAAAAAUAAAGAAAGAAUGAAAAAACAGAAAA